AUGCCAGCCUCUCGCAGUCCACUCGAGUCCCGCAGACACCAUGCGAAGCUCAGAUAUACCAAGUUUCUAAAGCGACGCCGCACGAUUAUCAGGAAAGCCGACCAGCUUCAUAAAGACUGUCAAGUUAGGGUGUAUGUCUACAUGGAGCUGAACGGCAAAUCGUGGGUGUAUGAUACCAUGCUAGGAGACGCAUCAUUCCCCCCCAGCAAGAUAGACCAGGUUCGACUAUACCCCAUCCCUCAGGUCUUUACCCCAAAGGACCUACCGUCGACUAAACAGUCAGAACCAUGCGCAUCGGCAGAAGACUAUCAGGAGGAUUAG